GUCCGGGCCUAAUUCUGACUUGCUUAAAUUAUUAACGCCAUAAGAUUUUAGAAAAUUGUUUCUAAAUAAUAAAAAUAAUAUCAUUUUAUCAACCAAUAUCAAUCUACAUUGCAGCAUUCCUCUUUAUUACGAAUUCAAAUACUAUAAAUUGAUUUACUUUACAUUUUUUAUUUUUUUGGACGUGCUAAUAAUAGUUUAUCCGUUUUUAUUUCCGAGAGGAAAAAAAAAACAGUAACAGCUGGAUGAACACAUUUGGAAGUUGUUUUUAAAAUGAUUUUUAGGUAAUUUUUUUAGAAUAGGAAAAAAAAUGUUUUAAGAGUCUAAUAUUAUACACAAAUGUACAGGAAUUUGUUCCCAUAUAUUUGACUUUUCUACAUAAUUUUAUUCCUAAAAAAAUUUAAAAAUUAUUCACAAAACAGAGUGUGACCAAACAACUUUCAAUUAUCUUCUCUCCUCCCCGUUUUCCUUAGUUCAGGUGGUUUUUUUUUUUUUUUUUAUAAAUUAGAAUGGUUGAAAAGCAGAUGAAAGCAGAACAAAGAGCAAGACACGUGGCAGAAAGGGCAACUGAAAAAUAAUACUUAGGCAUGCAAAUCGGGUGACAGUUGAGGAGGACAUUUCAUAUUUGUUAUACUGACACUAGUUUUGAAGCAGUACCAAUCUUCCAAUUCCCCCACCAUUUCUGUUUUUUCGUUUUCUCUGCCAUGGAUGUCAUCUUUGAACCUCAGGGAGGGGAACCGUUCAGCCUUGAACUGGGUUUCUUCGAUACUGUUCUUGAGAUCAAAGAGAAGGUUCAGAAAUACCAUGGCAUACCCGCUUCCAGACAGACCCUCUUCUUCAAUGGCCACCUUCUCCAAGACAAUCGUGACAUCCCCUCCAUCCAGAUGUUCUACAACUGCCGCAUUCAGAUGAUUAUCUCUCCAGACCCACCCUCCGAGAUGCCGCCGCCGCUCAUCAACAUCGAAGAUUCUCCGCCCCCCAACAACCUUCAAGAAGACCCAUCUCCUCCUCCGCCUCCGCCUCCACUUCCACCUCCACCUCCUUCCACCAAAAUUCAAAUACUCCUCAGAAUCCCCACCUCCAAGAUUCAUCUCUCCAUCGAGAUGGAUCUUGCUCACACCGUCGGGAGGUUGAAGGAGAAGAUUCAUGAAAUGGAGGGCAUCCCUGUUAACCGGAUGGUGCUUUAUUGGAGAGGGCGUGAGCUCCAGGACAGUCGUUCUUUACGUGACUGCGAGCUUUCUGAUCGGUCGGAGAUCGACGUCGGCAUCAAGCCAUUACCUGCGUCUGGUUCGGGGUCGAAGAGGCUGAAGCUGAUGGUGAUGUCCAAGUGCGGGACGAAGAAGGUUCCGGUGGAAGUGAACCCUUUGGACAAUGUGGGAGAGCUGAGAAAGGAGCUAGAGAAGUUGGAUCAGCGGUUUCAGUUUCAUCUGCCGCCGGAAGGUUAUUUCUUUAUAUACAAGCAGAAUGUGAUGGACGACGACCGCUCGUUUCGGUGGCAUCAUGUUGGGCAAGGUGAUACUGUGGAGAUCUUCAAUGGCUGCGUUACAGGUGGAUCCUGAACGUUGCUUCACCAUUUCUUGGUUUCUUGGUUAGGGUUACAAGUCGUUAGAACAAUUUGAGGCUACCAUAUAGCUAUAGUUUUGAGUUUUCACUUGUCCAUGAUUAAUGGUAUAAGUCUACUGCUGCUAUUCUUCAAGUGUUUCCGGGAUUUUCUUUUCUUGUGUGGGUUUAUGUUUGGAGGAAAACAACUUUUGUUUGAAUGCAACUGCAUUUCUUGAGUCA